AAACAAUAAAGAAAUUUAAUUUUUUUAAUCUAAAUUUUAUUUCUUCUUAAAAGUGUCAGGAAGUGGCCAAGUAUAAAUGUCGGACUUGACCACUAGAUCGGAUGAUGUGGCCUUGGAGUUAUCAACACUCAUAGAUGAAAUGUCAGCUUUUGAUUGCAGAAAAAUGGUAAAGCCUCUACGAGAUAAAAAGAAAACCGUACCUCUGUCCUACAGCCGAGUUUUGAAGACGGAUAUUCCAAAAGGAUCCGAAAAACAGAAAAGUAAUGUCAUUGAUCCAAAUACACUUGAUAUUAUAUCCGGAUUGGAUAUCUACAAUCAGCAGUUUCAGACUGUAGAUAUGGAGUUCAUAGAUAUGAUAACGUGGUAUUACCCUGAACUUGACAAGCAGAUAGAGACAAGAAAAGUAACCGGCGAUGAUGACUACGACGAAGAAACAGUGAAAGGCGUAAAGGAAACUGUAGAAGACCUUUUAACUGAGAUAGAAGAAGAAACUCCGUUAAUGGAAGAUGUAUCUGUGAUGACGACCUGUCCAUCUUUUUGUUUUAAUUUAGCAGAGUCAUCAGAGAUCGAAAGCGGUGGAACAGAAGAAGAAAGAAGAGAGGUAAUAUCGAUCCUUUUGGAACCAAAGCCUAGCUCAUCUUUUGAUACCGGAGUAAUACUGAAGGCUACUCUAGCUGAGUCUAAAGAAGAUUCAUAUUUGAAAGAACUUUUACGAUCUUCAAUUUCAGACUUCAAAGGAAAGGAGAGUGAUGAUGCAAUUGAUAGUCUAGAAGAAAUUAAGUUCUCUGAAAGUGAUGAUAUUCUUGAUUUGGAGAUACCUGAAGAAGGCAUUUCAGAAAUUAAACAUGAAUCUGAUUUGAUGCACAACAGGAAGGAAUGCUUCUGCCAGAGCAACGAAACACCAUGAAUCCUACUACCUUAAACUAAAUUUUAAGACUUUUGUUUCAUUCUCCCCAUCCCUCAAUGCCCUGUAAAUGCCUCAGAAUCAGAUCAUUUGUAGGUGCAUAAAUAAAUAUAUAUUAAACAUAAAACUGAAAAUGAAUAUAAAAAUAAAUAUAUAAAUCAAUUUAAAACUGUCAUGUAUGUCAUCUAUAAAAUGUCACAUGAAGUUUCUAUGCAACUCUGAUGUCAUCAUCAUAACUAUAGAGCUUUUAAUUUCAAUGCACUUAUUCCACUACAUAUCAUUCUAACUCCUAUUGAUAUCUUUUUCAAUUAGAUUAGCAACAAUUGAUACAUUUGAAAGUCAAAGGCAAUUUCUUCAAUGCUGGUUUCUUUUUGGUAAAUGUUAACUGAUCUAUUAUAUACUCUGAUUUUUAAAAAGUGAUGAUUAAUUUAAAAAAAAAGUAGGGAAACAAAAAAAAAAAAAAAAAAAAAAAAAAAAAA